AAAGAGCUUAUCCAAGAGCGUGAAAAUGAUUUGAAGGUUUAGCUGUUUGACCGCCCCAAGAUUUAUUUAAGAGUUAUUGGUUAAAGAGCUUAUUGGAAAUGCUUCUUUGCUCUUUGAUUUCUUUCAAAAUUAGUUUAAACAUCCAAUGAACACCAUUUUAUUGAAGGGAUCAACUUUUACAUUAGACACAAAAAUGUCAUUCAUGGUCAGACACAAAAACAUCCAAUGAAAAUUGAGCCUUGGAUUUGUCCCUGCAAGCAGCGUUUGAAUUUCUCAUAAAAUAACAUAAUUUAUCUUUGUUCUUUUACCUGGGUUCUUUAGAGCAACAAGCCAUCAUUAUUCUCCUUCCUCCCGAUUCUUGUUCGAAAAGAGGAACAAACACCACAACCCUAAUUCGGGUUGUUUUGAAAACUCAGCAAUAAGGAAGUGCAAACAACAAUAUUGAUCUUUCUUUUUAAAUCUGAACUCUUAGAGGAAGGUUUACAGAAUAUGGAUACCUCAAGUCCUGCAGUUUUUGUCAAUGGGGAAUUGCUUCGUAUGUUUAUUGGGCGGAAAGUUCGCAUAGUUGUUCAGGUGAUGCAAUCAGAUGCAGGAUCUAUAAUCGAAAAAUCAACUGAUAAUCAACAGGUUAUCAUUAAGAACUCACAACCAACUCAGCCACUCACCAUAUAUGUUGAGGCUAUUGGUAUAGCAGACAGUAACCAAUCUGUUCGUGCUGAGAUAUUGACCAACUUUGGUGAUAAUUUUGAUGCACAGAACUAUAAUGAGCUAUGCCAGCUUGCUAAUGGGGAAUAUAAACACUUGUUCCUUUGAGGCUUUGAGCUAUGGACUUUGGUUAACUAUUGAUGGCCUGUUCUUUUACUCUAGCUCUUAAUCAAUGUAGUUUCGGUUUAUCUAGAACUAAUAGCGGUUUUUUAGUAAGCUUAAGCAACUUUGAUCUGUUCAUCUAAAAAAUCAGUGGAACGUUUAGUUUAGUAUAUUAAAUUUUAAUUGUAUGUUUUAAAAGCAUUUUCUUUACAUUACAAGUUGUGUAGUCUACAACAUUGAAGCCAAACAUGAAUCUUCCAACCGUUUCAAGGACUGAAGAAAACGACCACGUAACAUCAGGGAGUCUUGAAUUGGAAUCACUCACCGAUGGAAAGAGAUAUUGACAAUUGAGAAUGAAGUGUCUCAAAUCAGUAUUUUAGUUUGUUAUUUUAAUUAAUUAUUACUUUGUUUCUUGCUAGGAAGUCAAUCCAUUUCAUGUAUAUAUAACAAAGAAGAGGGGAAAAUUAAUUCAAUAUCAUGUAUGUAUAAGAACAGCACGAGACGAUUUCAAUAUGAGACGAAUAGCUUAAUCACCCCAAUUAUAAUUUUUUUCUUAA